CAGCUCGAUGCUAUGGAAUGUGCAUUAUCAUUGUAUUGGAUUUCUCUCGCUCGAAGAUUCGUCUUUCUCUGCAACACGCUCCUAUAAUUUCCUCCCUGGCUCCGACCUGGAAAAGUCCAAUCCUUUCUCUUUCUUCAUCGACCCCAGUUAGUUCCUUUCUUGAGAAAAAAGGUUGCAUUUUUCAUUUCGGAUAAUGCUCUCGAGAUCUUGCUUAGACUUGUUGAAUUUGAUCUCCAUCGAUGAUUACCGGACUCUGAGCGGGAUACCGAACGACAUGACGCUCCCGGGAGUGGUGCCCGAAUUCCAAGUCCGCGAUGAUGCCGAUUCCGGUGCGGGUUCCGACGGCAUCGUCUCCUCUGUUCCGCAAGAACGCAGAAUCAUCGUCGCCAAUCAGUUGCCGAUAAAAUCGUUUCUUGAUAGCGAGACCAGAAAAUGGAGUUUCGAAUUGGACAGUGAUAAUCUCUAUCUGCAGCUCAAAGACGGGUUUCCCUCCGACGUCGAAGUUCUCUAUGUGGGUUCUUUGAAAGCCGACAUCGAUCCGUCGGAACAAGACGAAGUGUCCCAAAUAUUACUCGAAAAGUUCCGAUGCGUGCCAACGUUUUUGCCUCUCGAGAUUCAGAAUAAGUUCUACCAUGGAUUCUGCAAGCAUUACCUCUGGCCUCUGUUUCACUACAUGUUACCGAUGUCGCCGAGUCACGGUGCCCGUUUUGAACUAGCGCAGUGGAAAGCCUACGUUUACGCCAACAAGGUUUUCGCCGAUAAGGUAAUGGAGGUGAUAAACCCGGAGGAGGAUUACGUUUGGAUUCACGAUUAUCAUCUCAUGAUCUUGCCUACCUUAUUGAGAAGACGGUUUCACAGGGUCAAACUCGGGUUUUUCCUUCAUAGCCCAUUUCCGUCUUCUGAAAUCUAUAGAACAAUUCCAGUUCGUGAUGAUAUCCUUCGGGCUCUGUUAAAUUGCGAUUUAGUCGGUUUCCACACGUUUGAUUACGCGAGACAUUUCUUGUCCUGUUGCAGUAGAAUGUUGGGGUUGGAUUAUGAGUCCAAGAGGGGUUACAUUGGGCUAGAUUAUUACGGUCGAACAGUAACUAUCAAGAUCUUGCCGGUGGGGAUUCACAUGGGUCAGCUCCAAUCGCUGUUGUCGAUGUCUCAUACCGGUGACAGGAUUGAAGAAUUGAAGAAACAAUACGAUGGGAAGGUCGUUAUUUUGGGUGUGGAUGAUAUGGAUUUGUUCAAAGGCUUGAGCUUGAAGUUACUGGCAAUGGGACAACUCUUGGAAGUGCACGAAGAAUUAAGGGGUAAAGUAGUUUUAGUCCAGAUUCUGAACCCAGCAAGAAGCAGAGGGAAAGAUAUUCAAGAUGUUCAAAACGAAACAAAUUCUAUCGCGAAUGAGAUCAACGAGAAAUACGGCGAACCUGGGUACCAGCCAGUUGUGUUCAUUAACGGCCCUGUUUCGACGCAGGAGAAAGCCUCCUACUACGCCAUUUCUGAAUGCUGCGUUGUGAAUGCUGUGAGAGAUGGUAUGAAUUUAGUGCCUUAUAAGUACACUGUUUGUAGACAGGGGAUCGAUGCAAAUGAUUCGACGAGUCCUAAACGAAGCGUCAUCAUAGUGUCUGAAUUCAUCGGUUGUUCUCCGUCGCUGAGCGGAGCAAUCAGAGUGAACCCGUGGAACAUCGAAGACGUCGCAGAGGCAAUGAACUCGGCGAUUACGAUGUCAGAGGCAGAGAAACAGUUGCGUCACGAGAAGCAUUACAAGUACAUAAGCUCACAUGAUGUAGCCUAUUGGGCUAGGAGUUUCGAUCAGGACUUAGAGAGGGCUUGUAGAGAGCAUUACCGUAAGAGGUGUUGGGGUGUUGGUUUUGGCUUGGGGUUUAGAAUCGUAGCUCUCGAUCCUACAUUCAGGAAGCUUUCAGCGGAAAGCAUCAUGUCUGCUUAUAGAAACACACACAGCAGGUUGAUCCUUUUAGACUACGAUGGUACUAUGAUGCCCGGGGUAUCUGUUGACAAAACCCCAAGCGAAGAAGUUAUUUCUGUGUUGAAUCGCUUAUGCAGUGACCCUAGAAACGCGGUGUUCAUUGUCAGUGGCAGAGACAAGAAUUGCCUCAGCAAGUGGUUCUCUCCGUGCGAGAAGCUGGGCCUCUCAGCAGAACAUGGCUUCUUUACCAGGUGGAGUUGUGAUAGCCCGUGGGAGACAUGUGGAUUAGGAAUGGAUUUCGAAUGGAAAAAAGCUGUAGAACCGGUGAUGGCUCAUUAUACAGAAGCAACAGACGGUUCUUUCAUUGAACCAAAGGAGAGUGCUUUGGUUUGGCACCACCAAGAAGCCGACCCUCAUUUCGGAUCCUGCCAAGCAAAAGAGCUUCUUGAUCACCUCGAGAGCGUGCUUGCCAAUGAACCAGUAGUUGUCAAAAGAGGACAGCACAUCGUUGAAGUGAAACCUCAGGGUGUGAGCAAAGGCAUAGUAGUGGAAAAUCUAAUCUCAACGAUGCUGAGUAAGGGAAAGGCGCCAGAUUUUCUUUUGUGCAUAGGAGACGAUAGGUCAGAUGAAGAUAUGUUUGAGAGCGUUGCUCGUUCAACCUCUGAUCCAAGCCUACCAAGCAUAGCACAUGUCUAUGCCUGCACUGUGGGUCAGAAGCCAAGUAUGGCAAAAUGUUAUCUGGACGACACUGUUGAAGUCAUCAAGUUACUUCAAGGACUAGCCACUGCAUCAUCAUCAUCGCCCACAAAGUCCCUACAAUCUCAGGAACUGCAAGUAUCUUGAUACAUGAGACUUGCAUAGUGCCAAAAUAAUAUCUUGUACAGAUGAUACUUACUCUUGUAGGUUGAUUUACAGAGAGUUUCAUACUUAGAAAGCUGAUUCAUGUUCUUUUUAACGUAACUCGUCUAGAUAUUUCUUCUGUAUUUCCAAUUACAGUAAAAAUUUUGCAUUGACUUGAUCGUUAA